AUGCUCGGCUUUAAUAUCCCAGCUACCGUAGCCUCCUGUGCUCUACGUAAUCAAACUGUCAAAUGUCCAUUCUCCCUCUACAAUGUUACUGUACUUGGCGAGGCCCAUAGGCUUGCACCAAAUAACGAUAUCACGGGCAGCACUAUCUUCAAGGCAUUCAUUGGAAGUGCCUGCGCAUCACUCAUCGUUUCCCUCUGUCUCAUCAUCGACAAAGUUGUACUCCACUUCUAUGACAAACACUCCGAUGAAGAAUCUAGAUUACAUCACCGCUUCUACCUUCAAGCCCUCAACAGUGUCACCACCUUGAUUCACACAAUCAGCGACCAGGCAUUUGUGGCAUGCUUAGCACUCCUCUUCACGCUCAGUCAACAAGCCUGCACAAUAUCCGCGUACCACUACAAUCUCGUCUGCCUUAUGCUGGUUAUGGGCAUAGUCACGCACCUCAACACUCUCGUCUCCGUGCCGGAUUUCUUCACCAAAGGCAAGAUCGUUGCUACAUACCGGGUUAUCCUCAUCAUCAUUCAGAUGGCCCUUACAGGAGUUGCUCUCUCAGCACGUCACCACACGAGUUUUCCACUAGACCCGAGCGGAUUAGCUGCUUUACCUGCCGCCUGUUUUGCCAACGCGAACGCUGGAGACGGCUUGGGAUUUGCAGGUAUCAUCGACGUGGGAGCGAAUGUCACAGCCGGAAUCGGGUCCAACUCUACGUCCAACUCUACAUCGACCACAGGCACAGAAUCAGCUACAAAGGGGAUGGGGAUCUAUAUUACACUCAUGGUGUUCGGAUUCUUCGCUUUGCUAAUUCUUAUUGGUGAUUGGAUUGAGGAAGCCUUUGCCAAUCGCAAACACAAAUUCCGAUGGUUUAGUAUCUUCAUCUCGGUUGCAAGUUUAAUUGCUAGCAUAGUCAUUGUAUUCUACGCGCUUGCGCAGUACAAUGCUCUUGUUAACGGCAUGGAAAUCCCCAAGUGGUACAAGACGACCAUUGAAGACAAGUGGACAUUCUCGCAGUAUAUGCCUGUCAUUCUGUUAGCGAGUGCUUCUAUUCCUCUUUUUAAGGCCCUAACAGAUUCACUCCUUGGUCUCAGCGGUCGACGCUUUGAGGUUGGGGUUAACAAGCUUGUUAAAGGGGCAGGAGCUGUUAAAUAUAGCGCGCAGACGGCCGGAUACCAGUUGCCUGGAUACUAG